AUGCUGGCGGCGGAGCUGCUCGGCCUCCUGCUUCUGGUGCAAAUGUUGCUGUGGCCCGCCGCGGUGAGGGCGCGGGUGACGGCGCUGAUCGUGUUCGGCGACUCGACGGUGGACACCGGCAACAACAACGCGGUGCCGACGGUGGUGAGGAGCAACUUCCCGCCUUACGGCCGCGACUUCCCGGGCCGCCGCGCCACGGGGCGGUUCUGCAACGGCCGCCUCGCCACCGACUUCUACUCCGAGGCGUACGGCCUCCGCCCCUUCGUCCCGGCCUACCUCGACCCGGACUACGGCAUCCGGGACUUCGCCUCGGGCGUCUGCUUCGCCUCCGCUGGCUCCGGCCUCGACGUCGCUACCGCCGGCGUCUUUUCCGUGAUCCCGCUGUGGAAGCAAGUGGACUACUUCCGGGAGUACAAGCGGCGGCUGGCGGCGCACCUCGGCGCGGCGGAGGCGGCGGCGGUGGUGUCGGACGCGGUUUACGCCAUCAGCGUGGGCACCAACGACUUCAUCGAGAACUACUUCGCCGGCACGACGCGGCGGUUCACGCAGUUCAGCGUGGGCGAGUACACCGACUUCCUGGUGGGCCUCGCCCGGAGCCUCCUGGUGGAGCUGUACGGCCUCGGCGCCCGCAAGGUCGCCUUCACGGGGCUCGCCGCGGCCGGGUGCCUGCCGCUGGAGCGCGCCCGCCGCAUGAUGCUCUGCGCCGAGGAGUACAACGCCGCGGCCAGGGCCUUCAACGCGGCGCUCUGCGGCAUGGUCGCCGAGCUCUCCGACGACCUCCCCGGUGCCCAGCUCCGCUUCGCCGACGUCUACGACUUCUUCGCCGACAUCCUCGGCGACCCGACACGAUACGGGUUCGUGAAGGCGGAGGUGGGGUGCUGCGGGACGGGGACGUACGAGAUGGGGUACACGUGCAGCGCGUGGGACGUGCGGACGUGCAGGGACGCGAGCAGGUACGUGUUCUGGGACGCCGUGCACCCCACCGAGCGGGCCAACCGGAUCAUCGCCGAAUACCUCUUCAACACCACCUUUGCCGACUUCCUCUGAUAUGAUGGAUGGAUGGAUGGAUAUGAUGAUCCAGAUCGACCCACGCGCGUCUAUCGAUCUACUGCUACUUACAUGUAAUUUAUUUUAGUUUGAGGGGUACGAGCUGGUUAACUAGGACUAGGAACAUAUAUUGGAUUGGUAUUUUCUAUUUUGGAAAACCCAGUAGCAUUGCUAUGACAUUUAUCGAUGGAGCUGAUGUGGUCCGGCACUGGUAAAGUGAUUAACUACCGUA